AUGGAGCUGGGGGCGUGUGGACCGGCCCUCAGGCUCGCGGGCGUGUUCCGCACAGCCGCCAGCCGGGCGCUGUUUGCCGAGUUCCUGGCCACAGGGCUGUACGUGUUCUUUGGCGUGGGUGCGGCCAUGCGCUGGCCCUCUGCGCUGCCCUCCGUGCUGCAGAUUGCCAUCACCUUCAACCUGGCCACAGCCAUGGUGGUGCAGGUCACGUGGAAGACCAGCGGCGCCCACGCCAACCCCGCCGUGACGCUGGCCUUCCUGGUGGGCUCGCACAUCUCCCUGCCCCGCGCCAUGGCCUAUGUGGUGGCUCAGCUGGCAGGGGCCACUGCAGGGGCUGCUCUGCUUUACAGGGUCACUCCGGGAGACGUCCGGGAGACUCUGUCCAUCAACGUGGUGCGCAGUGGCGUUUCCACGGGCCAGGCAGUGGCCGUGGAGCUGGUCCUGACGCUGCAGCUGGUACUCUGCGUGUUUGCCUCGACCGACAGUCGCCAGGCAUCGGGCUCCCCUGCUGCUGUGAUCGGAGCCUCAGUGGCAGCAGGCCACCUCAUCGGGCUCUACUUUACUGGCUGCUCCAUGAACCCAGCUCGCUCCUUUGGUCCUGCCAUCAUCCUGGGGAAGUUCUCCGUCCACUGGAUCUUCUGGGUCGGACCCUUGGCAGGGGCACUCCUGGCUUCCCUCAUCUACAACUUCAUCCUGUUCCCCGACACCAAGACCCUGGCUGAGCGGCUGACCAUCUUCAUGGGCAGAGAGGCCCCAGCUGGUUCAAGGGACACAGAGAUGAGGCCGUGUGAGACAGCAUAA